AUACAAGGAUGUUGAGGGUGUGGUGAAGAUCGAGGAGGUGAACGGCGAGGAGCUGGUGAAGAAGUUUGCGGAGGAGAUGGAGGAGAUGCUCGGGAGGAAGAUGAAAUCUGUUAAGAGUUUAGCAGAAUCAGCCGAGGAUGCUGAUCUUUUCCACGAGUACAAUGAAACACUAGAGUUUGACUAUUAUAACUCCAUGCUGAUCAACACGGUGGACGAGGACGGGAACCCGGUACCACUCGGUGGAGAAUUCGCACUGGAGCAAAAUGAACAUUUCAGUAAACUGGCAGUCAACACGCAGCAGAGUAACAUACAAGUUCCUACAAAUGUCUACAACAGAGAUCCAGAUAUCGUUAAUGGAGUGUAUAUGUCUGAGGCUCUGAAUGACAUCUUCAUCGAAAACUUCCAGAAAGAUCCGACUCUCACCUGGCAGUACUUUGGCAGCGCUACGGGCUUCUUCAGGCUGUAUCCAGGAAUUCAGUGGAUUCCCGAUGAAAACGGUGUGGUCACAUUUGAUUGCAGAAACAGAAACUGGUAUAUCCAAGCAGCCACUUCUCCUAAAGAUGUAAUAAUCGUGGUGGAUGUAAGCGGAAGCAUGAAGGGACUCCGGCUGACGAUAGCCAAACACACCAUCAACACAAUCCUGGACACACUGGGAGAGAAUGACUUUGUUAACAUCAUAGCUUACAGUGACUACGUUCGCUACGUGGAGCCCUGCUUCAAGGGAACGCUAGUCCAGGCCGAUCUGGAUAACAGAGAGCAUUUCAAGCUUUUGGUGGAAGAGCUUCACGUCAAAGGAGAAGGCAAAGUGAAAAAUGCAAUGAUGGAGUCUUUUAAGAUCCUGAAUGAGGCUGCCGCUCUGGGGCAGGGCAGCCUGUGUAACCAGGCCAUCAUGCUGAUAACAGACGGAGCCAUGGAGGAUUUCCAGGAGGUUUUUGAGAAGUUUAACUGGCCAGAACGACGGGUUCGAGUGUUCACCUAUCUCAUUGGACGCGAGAUGACAUUUGCAGAAAAUGUGAAAUGGAUCGCCUGCAACAACAAGGGUUACUACACACACAUCUCCACGCUGGCCGACGUCCAGGAAAAUGUUAUGGAGUACCUCCAUGUCCUCAGCCGGCCAAUGGUCAUCAACCACGAUCACGAUAUCAUCUGGACAGAGGCUUAUAUGGACAGUGUGUUUCCAAAUAAAGACGAGCUGUUCAACACUCAGGCACAGAGCCUGCUCCUCAUGACCUCAGUAGCCAUGCCGGUGUUCAGCAAGAAGCAGGAGACCCUGUCUCAUGGGAUUCUACUGGGAGUCGUAGGAACUGACGUGGCCUUGAAAGAGCUGAUGAGAUUAGCUCCGAGAUACAAGCUGGGUGUCCAUGGUUACGCCUACCUCAUCACCAAUAACGGCUACAUCCUCUCUCAUCCCGACCUGCGACCUCUGUAUAAAGAGGGGAAGAAACUGAAGCCUAAACCCAACUACAACAGUGUCGAUCUGUCAGAGGUGGAAUGGGAAGACACUGAGGAGAAACUGAGGACAGCCAUGGUUAAAGGAGAAACCGGAACGCUGUCGUUAGACGUGAGAACUUCAGUAGAUAAAGGAACAAGAGUGAUGUUUUUGAGGAAUGAAUACUUUUACACUGUCAUCAAUGAGACACCGUUCAGCCUCGGUAUCGUGUUGAGUCGGGGAUACGGACAGUAUAUCUUCAUAGGAAAUGUCUCGGUUGAGGAGGGUCUCCAUGACUUGCUGGCUCCAGAUCUGACUAUAGCCACCGAGUGGACUUAUUGUGAGACAGACAUUGACCCAGCACAUCGCAAGCUGAGCCAGCUCCAAGCUGUGGUACAAUAUCUCACUGGCAAAGAACCAGAUCUGGAGUGUGAUGUGGAGUUGCUGCAACAAACUCUAUUUGACGCUGUGGUUACGGCUCCUAUGGAAGCUUACUGGACCGCCCUGAUGCUCAACACAUCCGGCAUGGAUGACGGAGUAGAAACAGCUUUCCUGGGGACCCGCUCAGGCUUGAUGAGAUUCCAGAGGUACACCGGUAUUGAGAAGAGAGUUGGCAAGUCUUUCCUGACCUCCAAAGACAAGGAGAAUAUGUUCACGUUGGAUCAUUUCCCAGUGUGGUACCGCAGAGCAGCUGAGUACCCAGCUGGACAGUUUCUAUACUACAUGCCCAGACAGGAGACGAGAGGGAGGAUUGUGAUCGCCACCACUGCUGUCACAGUGACGGUGGGCAAGAAAACUGCCAUCGCAGGAGAUGUGCUGUUUGUGCUCGUUGUGGAUGUGGCUCAGACUCAGGCCGCCCCGGUGAUGAUGCUUGCGGUCGUUUUUCUUAAAGAUGACUCCAAUGAUUAA